UCUACCAAAAUAAGAACAAUAUGUAUAAAAUCUUUGUUUUCGUUGUUGCAGCGUAUCUGAUUAUAGAAACUAUGGAACAUGGAAUGAUGUUAGAGCCCCCAAACAGGAGUUCACUAUGGAGGUUCAAUUUGUCCGACAAAUUUAACUACGACGACAAUCAAAAUUACUGUGGCGGUUUAACAAAACAAACAGAAAAUGGAGGUAAAUGUGGGGUAUGUGGAGAUGCGUACACAGAUCCUCAUCCACAAGACAAUGAAAAUACUGGCAAAUAUGGGGAAGGAAUAAUAGUAGCGAUAUAUGAACCUGAAAGUGUUAUAGAUGUUCAAAUAAAAUUGACAGCGAAUCAUAUUGGUACUUUCACUUAUAGCCUGUGCGUACUGGAAGACCCCGAUGGACCUGAAUCUGGCGAGGACUGCUUCAUGCCGUUGGUAUUGGAAGACGGUUCUACAUACUAUAACGUGACUAAAGAGGAAUUCGAUAUUGCCAAUAGGGUGCAACUUCCAUCUGGCAUUACAUGUGAGAGAUGCGUGCUGCGUUGGCACUACAGAACAGGUAAUAAUUGGGGAGUCUGUGAUGAUGGUAAGUCCCAACUUGCAUGCGGGCCUCAAGAAACCUUCCGUUCAUGUUCCGAUGUGGCUAUUCUUUAAUCGAUUCAGGAUAUGAGAGAGCAAAUAAGACUAUUAUAAUAAUAUUUAUUGUUUUUUUUUAAUAA